AUGGCACACGAUACGAGUCCAGUAUUUGUAUUAGAUUACGACAAAGUACUCGACGAAGUAUCAAAAGAAGCGAAUCCGUUCACGAAGAUAAAGUCGUCUGACUUCUCAGAUGUUAUAGAAAUUGCUAUAAAACGAUCGAAAAUUGUAAUACUAUUCGUAGAAGAGACUCUUUGUACUGAAGACGUAACUAUUAAGGACAAUAUCGGCACACCCUUCUACCAUUUAGGUCAAGCGAUGAAAGAAAACAAAGUAACAUAUCUGCCUUCAGUAUCACAAGCAUACAAAACGUUGAAAAGUCAUUUGCAAGCAUUAGCGAGUUAUGUUUUCUAUUUAAGCGAUUCUAGUUCUGAGUUGCAGGUUUAUGAUGGAAGAUUGCGCCAUUUUUAUAUUUAUUUCAAAGAUAAAAUUAACGAAACUAGAUCUAUUGCUUUGAGGAGACACGAUUUGCUUAUAAAGGAGGUGUACUCGGUCGUUCGUCAGGUCGCGGCCGGUCCUGUCGUGGCGUUCUACACGGGCAAAGUUAAUCCUAUUGAUGUCGACGCAUUGAACACUUUGCCAACCGAAAAUCUAAAUGUUAGGCCGCGUCCAGGUGUGACGGUUUUCAGCAAUGGAGCGCUUUUUAGAUUUAUCGGCGUUUCCUCAUCAACAAGCAAACGUCGCUCCAUGUUCAGCCAAGUCCCCGUAGUCUCGGAUGAAAAGUGGAAGGAGCGUGGUCUACACACUCGCAUGUCAUACACAGAGUUUGAGCUGGAAUUCGAAUUUUCAUUUAAAGAUGAUCGAUGGACUGUUGAUAGCGUGGCUUUGUUGGAGUGGGGCGAGGAGGUGGGGCGCACGGACCUGCGUGCGGGCGCGCCUUGGAACUGGUCGUAUGUGUGCAGCGAGCCGUUGGUGCUGGUCAACAUGAGGGACGGCAGCGCGGUCACCAUCGCGCACUACCAAGUGAGUUGUGUUGUGUGUUGUGUGACAGAGAACUGGUCGCACGUGUGCAGCGAGCCGUUGGUGCUGGUCAACAUGAGGGACGGCAGCGCGGUCACCAUCGCGCACUACCAAAUCCAGCCCUUCAUAAACCAUGCAGCACUAAGGCAAGAUUUUGAUAACCCUGAGGAUUUGAACCCUGACAGCCCUGCGAGUUCUGAGAGCCCUGAGGAGAGCCCUAAACCUGACGCGGGCUCGCACAAGUUCGGCCCAGCAGUUAACUGUGGGCCGUAUUUCAGUGCCCACAUAUUGGCUGGACUGAUGGUGACGUCAAUGUGUCUCGGCAUACUGACGUAUGGUGUCGUGUCGAUGUAUAACAUAAACACGAAUAGUAGAUACGACGACCCGCAGGCGAAGCCGUUGGUCAUUAUGGCGGAAGGCGGCGGUCAUUAGAGGAAGGGGACAUUUCGAACGAAACUUUAGGCUUCAUAUAGUAGGCAUAAACAGUAGAACCCGCUUAAGACGAUCACGCAUAAAACGAUUUCUCGCAUUCCACUCCGAUGUUGAUCGACUAAAAUAUGGUCGAUUUCAAUAUCACCCCAUUGUUGGUCGACCAUUUUUUGGUCGAUUGCGUAGUGAUUUAUUUUUUACCUUCUUUUGGUUAUUUAGCCAAUUUUGUGUCACACUCUUACUUAUAUUACACAUGGUAAAAAGAACAAGGAUGGCAAUAGGUCCCGCACUACUUCUACAAAACACGUCUAUGGAUAUUAAAUUCUUAUUUUUAAAACCGCGCUCUGAGUGCGCGGUCCGUCCGCAGACGCGUGAUUUCAAAAACAUAUUUUUUUUUAUCUUUGUACAUUAUGAAUGUUUUAUUCCUUGGUAGAGUAAAAUAAUGUAUAGAAAAAGUAAAAAACCAAAGACAAUCUAGAAAUAAAGAUAAAAAUUUAAAUAAUAGCGGGUUUUGUGCGAUAGUCGGGCAAUAGGGAUGAUGACAGUUUUUUAAAUUGUAUAAGUAUACUAAUAGUAAAGCAAUUUUG